CGCAGAGCAUUUCGGGAAUUGUAGUUUGAUCCGAUCCUGCGCGCCACUGGGAUUCACGAAAACAUGGUAAGGAUGAUAUCGAGGCUGGAAAUGGAACAGAGCUGAAGAGGGAGGCGGAUCCAAUCAACGAGAGCGUUUUCGUGACGUCAUCGGCACGCACCGGAAGCGCGGCUCACAUGGGUUCUGCGGCUGGCGGCAAGAAUGGCGGGGUUUGCGGAGCUUCGACUGUCUUCUUGGCUCGUGGAACAGUGUCGGCAGCUAGGUUUGAAGCAGCCCACGCCAGUGCAACUCGGCUGCAUCCCCGCCAUCUUGGAGGGUAGGGACUGCCUGGGCUGUGCCAAGACCGGCAGUGGCAAGACGGCAGCAUUUGUGCUGCCCAUCUUACAGAAGCUGUCUGAAGAUCCCUAUGGCAUCUUCUGCCUUGUCUUGACACCCACCAGGGAGCUGGCCUACCAGAUCGCAGAGCAGUUCCGGGUCCUGGGGAAGCCCCUGGGCCUGAAGGACUGCAUCAUCGUUGGCGGCAUGGACAUGGUGGCCCAGGCCCUGGAGCUCUCCCGGAAACCACACGUGGUCAUCGCCACGCCGGGGCGCCUGGCUGACCACCUCCGCAGCUCUAACACCUUCAGUAUCAAGAAGAUCCGCUUCCUGGUCAUGGACGAGGCAGACCGGCUGUUGGAGCAGGGCUGCACUGACUUUACUGUGGACCUGGAGACUAUCCUGGCAGCCGUGCCGGCCCGCAGGCAGACACUGCUCUUCAGUGCCACUCUUACCGACACGCUCAAGGAGCUGCAGGGCCUGGCCACCAACCAGCCCUUCUUCUGGGAGGCUCAGGCCCCAGUACGCACGGUAGAACAGCUGGACCAGCGCUACCUGCUGGUACCUGAGAAGGUCAAGGACGCCUACCUGGUCCACCUGAUCCAGAAUUUCCAGGACGAGCACGAGGACUGGUCCAUCAUCAUCUUUACUAACACGUGCAAGACCUGCCAGAUCCUGUGCAUGAUGCUACGGAAGUUCAACUUCCCCACUGUGGCUCUGCAUUCUAUGAUGAAACAGAAAGAACGGUUUGCUGCCCUGGCCAAGUUCAAGUCUAGCAUCUAUCGGAUCCUGAUUGCAACUGAUGUAGCCUCCAGGGGCCUGGACAUACCUACUGUGCAGGUGGUCAUCAACCAUAACACCCCUGGGCUCCCAAAGAUUUACAUCCACCGAGUCGGCCGGACGGCCCGUGCAGGGCGGCAGGGACAAGCCAUCACCCUGGUGACACAAUAUGACAUCCACCUGGUACACGCCAUUGAGGAGCAGAUCAAGAAGAAGCUGGAGGAAUUCUCAGUGGAGGAGGCCAAGGUGCUGCAGAUUCUCACACAGGUCAACGUGGUGCGGAGGGAAUGUGAGAUUAAACUGGAGGCAGCCAACUUUGACGAAAAGAAGGAAAUCAACAAGCGGAAGCAGCUGAUCCUGGAAGGGAAGGACCCUGACCUGGAAGCCAAGCGCAAGGCUGAGCUGGCCAAGAUCAAGCAGAAAAACCGGCGCUUCAAGGAGCAGGUGGAGCACACGCUGCAGCAGCAGAAGGCCAGCAGGGCUGGCCGUAGGGGGCAUCCACCUAGGGCUCGGCCUGAGGCCCGCCCAGGGCCCAGCCUGAGUUCUACACAUCCCCUGCCUGCCCAGCCUGGGACUCCUUCAUCGAGCUGAGGGUUAGAGGUUCUCCAUUCCCAUCGGGCCAGGCGCAAGGUUUGAACUGCAGUGCUGGCUGUUCCCACUGGAUGAGCGUGGGUUGGUGAAGCCCCUUGGCCUCGGUUUCCUCAUCGAGAAAAUGGGCAUCGCAACUAGACCUCUCCAAAUGUGGCCAUGAGGUUGGUGGGAUCAUUCCCUUGCCUGGUGAACAGGGCUGUGGUCUAGGAGCUUCCCUGGCUGCCCACCUCGUCAAAUUUGGGGUUUGUAGCCAGAGGGUAGGGGCGCUUAACCAGGGGCCACCUAAGUCCAAACUGGUCUAGACAACACAGGCUGAGCCCCAGGGGAUGGGGGCAGCAGGGCCAAGCAGAGCUGUGUGGCCUGGGCAUGCCCCUCAGGCCCUUGAGCCUCACCUAUUCACCUGCAAGUGGCUUCCCAGACCUAUAUGGAUGGAGGG